AUGCCGACCACUCCGAAGCAGUCGGGACGCCAGUUCUCGCUGGGCACCUCGUCUCACCGUAAGAGACAGAUGAGCACCAUGCACGAGCAGGGUAAUGCCUUCGGCCCAGCUCUGACUACUCUCUACUGCGGUAUCUCUGCCGUCUUCUCCGACUCCCACACGGCCGUCGUCGCCCUCGCCAUCCACGACACCGUCUACCUCAUUGACUUCACCGUCAAGCACAUCAACCUCGACGAUGCCACCCAGACUGGCAACGAUGCCAUUGCCGACUACGUCAUCAACACCCUCGAGGGCUACGAGCACGAGAACUUCUCCAAGUUCAUCGGCGCCGGUCUUCCCACCACCCUCAAGUACAUGAGUCCCACCAUGUGCUCCCGUCUCUGGCUUGACCUCGACAUCGUCCCCAUCGUCCUGCGCCCCGAUGACGAGCACAAGGAGAAGAGCUUUUGGGACAUCAAGCGCGUCGACGAGCAGGCCGAUUCCAUGGCUCGCAAGUGCAUCAUGAACUUUGGCCCAUCUCUGGUUCCUCUUCUCCAGGUCGGCUUCCGCGGUAUUGUCCAGACAGAUGCCGGUUUCCGCGUUCAACUCAACACCAUCCAGAACCACAAGGACACAUGCGGUGCCGCCACGUGGGAUGCCACGAUGCACUUCGCCAAGAAGCUGCGCGAGGACAAAAUCAAGAUUGCCUUCUUCAGCAGCACUCCCCAGGGUGGUGGCGUGGCCUUGAUGCGACAUGCUCUGGUCCGGUUUGCUCGUCUCAUUGGCGUCGACCUGACUUGGUAUGUCCCGAAGCCGAGGCCCGGGGUCUUCAGGGUCACCAAGAACAUCCACAACAUCCUCCAAGGCGUCAGCCACCCCGAUCAGCGCAUCUCGAAAGAAGAGAAACAGUCCAUCAUCGACUGGAUCACGGACAAUGCCAACCGUUACUGGCUUUCCGAAGGAGGCCCGCUGAGACCUCCUGAGGAGGGUGGUGCUGACGUUGUCAUGAUUGAUGAUCCGCAAAUGCCUGGCUUGAUUCCUCUCAUCAAGAAUAUUACCCCGGACCGGCCCGUCCUCUACCGAUCUCACAUUCAGAUCCGCAGCGACCUGACCGGAAAGGCAGGCUCUCCUCAGGAGGACAUCUGGAACUUCCUGUGGAGCAACAUCCAACAUGCCGACAUGUUCAUCAGCCAUCCGAUCCCCAUCUUCGUCCCGCACAACGUUCCCCGGGAGAAGGUCGUCUACUUUCCAGCCACCACUGAUUGGCUUGAUGGUCUGAACAAGCCUCUCAACAAGUGGGACACGGGAUACUACGGCCACAUCUACAACACUGCCUGCCGUAAUCAGCGGAUGACUGAGCUCGAGUGGCCGGCGCGCAAAUACAUCGUUCAGGUGGCUCGUUUCGAUCCCUCCAAAGGAAUCCCUACCGUCAUCGACUCCUACGCCGAGUUCCGCCGUCUGAUGGACCAGGCUGGCCACACUGACGUUCCCCAGCUUGUCGUGUGCGGCAACGGCUCAGUUGAUGACCCCGACGCCAGCUUGAUCUACGACCAGACCAUGUCCCAGCUCGAGAAGCACUACCCUCAUCUCAUCAAGGACUGCAGCAUCAUGCGUUUGGAGCCCAACGACCAGCUCAUCAACACCGUCCUCGCCAAUGCCCAUGUCGUUCUCCAGCUCUCCACUCGCGAGGGCUUCGAGGUCAAGGUCUCUGAGGCUCUGCACGCUGGCCGCCCCGUCAUUGCGACACUGGCCGGAGGCAUUCCAUUGCAAGUCAAGGACCAGGUCAACGGCUACUUGGUCGAGCCUGGCGACUACAAGGCCGUUGCAGGUCAUCUUUUGGACCUUUUCACGAACGAAGAGCUUCACGAGAAGAUGAGCUACGAGGCCGCCAACGGUGUCAGUGACGAAGUCGGCACUGUUGGUAAUGCCUUGGGAUGGUUCUACCUUGCCUCCAAAUGGGCUGAAGUCGGCGUCAAGAAUGGCCUACCCGGCCGCGAGCAGUGGGUCAACGACAUGGCGAGAACUGAGGCCAAGAAGCCUUACACUCAAAGUGAGAACCGUCUGCCUCGUCACUUCACACAGAAGAAGGAUAUUCCUGUCGUCUCUGGAAAGAGCAACGGUGAGAAUGGCCAAAAUGGCGAGUAG